ACCUGUCAAACUUUGUCAGGAGAGGUUGUCGGGCUUUGGUAUUCAGAAGCCGAAGUGGAUCUUAGUUCAAAAUGUGGGCCGAGGAGUGGAAAUGGAAAAGAGGCUUCUCUUUACUCUUUAUACACAAAGGCCUAUAUUUUGAGACCCAAAAGCUUAACCCAGCCAUUUGCAUGUGAUCCUGGAAAUGGGUUAACGAGGAGCUUGAGGUUUUGUAGAGUGAAUCUGCCGAUUCAUGACAGGGUUAGGGACUUGCUUGGGAGGUUGACAUUGCAGGAGAAGAUCAGGUUGUUGGUGAACAAUGCCGCGGCUGUGCCUAGGCUGGGGAUUCAGGGUUACGAGUGGUGGUCUGAGGCACUUCAUGGGGUGUCCAAUGUGGGUCCUGGGGCUAAGUUUGGUGGUGCUUUUCCUGGUGCUACUAGCUUCCCUCAAGUCAUCACCACCGCUGCUUCCUUCAAUGAAUCCCUUUGGGAGCAAAUCGGACAGGUGGUGUCGGAUGAAGCUAGAGCAAUGUACAAUGGAGGAAUGGCUGGUUUGACAUACUGGAGUCCCAAUGUGAACAUAUUCCGUGACCCACGAUGGGGCCGAGGACAAGAAACUCCCGGUGAAGACCCUGUUCUAGCCGGGAAGUAUGCUGCCAGCUAUGUCCGAGGGCUCCAAAGUGCUAAUGGGAACCGUCUAAAAGUUGCUGCCUGCUGUAAACACUACACCGCUUAUGAUCUUGAUAACUGGAAUGGUGUGGACCGAUACCAUUUCAAUGCUAAGGUCAGCAAGCAGGACCUGGUGGAUACAUAUGAUGUGCCGUUCAAAGCUUGUGUGGUGGAAGGGAAAGUUGCAAGUGUAAUGUGUUCUUACAAUCAAGUCAACGGGAAGCCAACUUGUGCCGACCCAGAUCUACUCAAGGGUAUCAUCCGAGGUCAAUGGCGCCUUAAUGGGUAUAUUGUAUCAGAUUGUGAUUCGGUUGGGGUAAUGUAUGAUACUCAACAUUUCACUGCUACCCCAGAAGAGUCUGCUGCAGCUACCAUCAAAGCAGGUUUGGAUUUGGAUUGUGGGCCAUUUUUGGCUGUCCACACAGACCUGGCAGUAAGGAGGGGCUUGUUAUCUAAGGCUGAUGUUGACGUGGCUCUAGCCAACACCAUUACAGUUCAAAUGAGGCUCGGGAUGUUUGAUGGGGAGCCAUCAGCCCAACCAUAUGGGAAACUUGGCCCAAGAGAUGUGUGCUCUUCAGCCCACAAACAGCUUGCUCUCGAGGCUGCCAGACAAGGAAUAGUUUUGCUAAAAAAUUCUGGGCCUUCUCUGCCAUUGUCCACUUCACAUCAUCGCACUCUUGCAGUUAUUGGGCCCAACUCUGAUGCUACUGUAACAAUGAUAGGAAACUAUGCAGGAGUGGCAUGUGAUUAUACCAGUCCCUUGCAAGGUAUUUCAAGAUAUGCUAGGACCAUUCACCAGGCAGGGUGUUCAGAUGUUGCUUGCAAAACAAAAAAUCUGUUUGGAGCCGCGGAGGCUGCAGCCCGCAAGGCUGAUGCAACAGUACUUGUAAUGGGGCUUGACCAAUCUAUAGAAGCAGAAUUCAGAGAUAGGGCAGGGCUGCUCUUUCCUGGACACCAGCAAGAGCUGGUUUCCAGAGUGGCUAGAGCCUCUAAAGGCCCUACUAUGUUGGUAUUGAUGUCAGGUGGUCCUAUUGAUGUCUCGUUUGCUAAGAAUGAUCCUCGAAUAAGUGCCAUUUUGUGGGCUGGUUAUCCAGGCCAAGCUGGAGGAGCUGCAAUUGCAGAUGUUUUAUUUGGAACAACCAAUCCAGGAGGAAAGCUACCAAUGACAUGGUAUCCACAAGACUAUGUAGCUAAAGUGCCAAUGACAAAGAUGGGCAUGAGGCCAACUGGGGACUACCCUGGAAGAACCUACCGUUUCUUCAAAGGUCCUGUUGUGUUUCCUUUUGGUCAUGGCAUGAGCUAUACAACCUUUAAACAAUCUCUAGCCCUAGCUCCAACUGAGCUCCCCGUUCUUCUUGACACCAAUCACUAUGCCACCAAAAACUCAACAUUGACAAGCAAUUCCAUAAGAGUGAAACAUGCCAAUUGUGACUCACUUUCAUUACUUGUCCACAUUGAUGUGGAAAACACUGGCAAUAUGGAUGGAACUCACACCUUGCUUGUUUUCUCUACACCACCUGCUGCUGGAAAAUGGUCUCCAAACAAGCAAUUGAUAGGUUUUUAUAGAGUUCAUGUCGUUGCUGGAUCUAAGCAACCUGUCAAAAUCAACAUCCAUGCCUGCAAACACCUUAGUGUUGUUGAUGAAUUUGGAAUUCGAAGAAUUCCAAUGGGUGCACAUACUUUACACAUUGGAGAUCUCAAGCAUUCUAUUUCUCUCCAAGCAAAUUUGGAGGGUAUCAAGACCUAGACUCUUGAAGGUAGGACAUCAUACAAAUCCAUAGAAUGACUAUUAUUAUUAUUAUAUAAGUUUUCUUAGGAAUCCUCUCUAAAAUCAUAUGAGAAAAUCUCAAAAAUUUGAGAGAAGUUCCAUUCCACUGCAUUCCCAAAGGGAAGAAAGUGGCCAAUAAUUGUAAGUUAUUGCUUGUGGUGUUUGGAUUUUGAUAAUUUCUUGUGGACUUGGCAUUGAGUCCCCAAUCUUUAUUUUGUUUACAAAAACAAAAUUGAUUGAAAUAGAAUUGAUCAAAUGAAAAAUACAAGAAACCAGCAGCUCAAGCUUUUGCUGGUUUCAGGAUCUUGUAUUGAUUGGAUUAUAUGCUUGUUUAAAAGUUUGUAAAACUUCAGCUCAAAAACUCUGAAGAGCUCUUGUUCAAAGAAACACGUGUACAAUAAUUGCAUCAUGUGCCUCAUUUCUUUUCUUUUCCCCUUU